CUAACCUCCUUAACUUGUGUAACGACUUUCCGGAGCAGUUCUCUUAAUAAAAUGCGAAAGGGUCGUAGCCUUUUUGAUCGCACGUCUGUACAAUUCAAUGUAAAUUACAUAUUCUGAUGCGUACUAAGUCACGUCAUUUUUCAUCCAGUGUGGAUUUUCCGAUUCUUGGCAAUAGAACAAUGUGGUGGGGAUAACCGUGUGAGAGUCAGUCUACUACCAAGAGCUACAGCUUGUACAGCAAUAACGCGGCCCCAUUAAGACAUGAUCGUCGUGUACGAUCACAUGUCGCUUAACUGAACGGCCGCUUUUUUUCGAAUCUCAAGAAGAUUGUAGAGUGAUUUAAAACGUGAAGGUGCCUAGGUUUUUACACAGACAGUGGGUUAGCUGAAAAAGAAUCGCGUGGUGUGUCAGGAACGUGUUAGCCCCGCGACAUUUCAAAGACCCGCAGGAGAGCUAUCCUGGUACACUUCGAAAACUAUGGAUAUACAGGAUUACGAGAGUCUGCCUACGUCCUCAGUGGCUGUACACAUGACAGCAGGUGCCUUUGCAGGAGUUAUGGAACACUGCAUCAUGUAUCCACUUGACAGUGCCAAGACAAGGAUGCAAGCUUUGAUACCAGGUCCUGGGGGAGGUGGAGGAGUCGGUGACGUUCUUGUGAAGAUGAUACGACAGGAAGGUUUUUCUCGUCCCAUCCGGGGUAUGGGGGCAGUGGUUGUUGGUGCAGGUCCUGCACAUGCCUUAUACUUUUCAUGCUAUGAAUUUCUUAAAAACAAAAUGAUGAAUCAGAGACUACCAUCCCAAUUUAAUCACCUCGUAUACGGUGCAGCUGGCUGCGUGGCUACUGUACUCCAUGAUGGAGUGAUGAAUCCAGCAGAAGUGGUGAAACAACGGCUGCAGAUGUACAAUUCUCCAUAUAAAACUGUAACGAGUUGUAUGCGACACGUGUACAAAACUGAAGGGUUAUAUGCAUUCUACCGAAGUUACACAACCCAGUUGGCCAUGAACGUGCCUUUCCAGUGUGUCCACUUUAUCGCCUAUGAAUUUGGACAGUCCAUCACAAAUCCGGACCAUUCAUAUAAUCCAAGGGCACAUGUGAUCUCCGGCGCAAUGGCGGGAGCGAUCGCAGCUGCUACCACAACACCUUUAGAUGUCUGUAAAACUGUACUGAAUACACAACAGGGUGGUGUCCAAGCACAAGGGAUGGUAGACGCAUUCAAACAAGUUUACAGGUUCGGAGGAAUACAGGGUUACUUUAGGGGACUUACUGCAAGAAUUAUCUAUCAAAUGCCAGCUACUGCAAUAUGCUGGUCCACAUACGAAUUUUUCAAAUACGCGCUACAUAGUAGACAGGAUGACACACAUGGCUUGGAUGCGAAUGAUGGCAUCAAUGGAAUAGGUCAGAGUCAAGCUAUUUCCUCGUCCUCGGUGGCGGCUUCCGCUGUUGCUGCUGGUGCUACUUCUCCCAGGUCUAAUAGCUUUCAAGGAGCUGGACUCUAUUUCAACAACAAAACCUCUGGACCGGUAUUGCUCGAAGUGACAAGGAGUUAGGCUUCUUCUGACAACUACGUAACGCCAGACGAAUCGAAAAACUUUACGAUCGAGGUCCGCCAUGAGCCGAUUUUUACAUUUCGAGAGUUUAUUAUUAAUGAGCGAUAUUUUGUUAACCCGAUUGUUAAUACGAUAUUAUUCUGUACGCGUAAUUGGUAAGAAGUAUGAAAGAAAAUUGAUGAUUAGAGAGGUUCGCGGAGCCAAGUGCAGGCCGCAGGCUCAAUGAGAAUGACACGUAGUUUAAAUCAUUUCGAUCACUGUAUUACCACGAGAGUCCCACGUAUUAUCCACAUUGCGGUGUCAAGUAUAGAGGAAUGCAAGUCUCUUUGGACAAGAUGCACUUUAUACCACAUUAACAUAAUUGACACUUCUUAAAAUCUAGAUGCAUUAAAAUGAUUGACUAGUAUUAAAAUACAAAAAAAAAGAAGCAAACAAAUGGAAACUAAGCCUUAUCAUUUCUGACUAAUUAUUAUUGGUUCUAGUAAACAAAAGCGUGCUAAGACUUACUGUGACGUAUUUUUAAAGUUAUCGAGCGACGUCACGUUCGAAAUGACAAACAAAACAAGUGGGUAACAAUAACUAGGUAAUUAGAUAUACCCGGUAAUGUCAGACUUAUGUGCAAAACAAUGUUUUAAAGUGAUUUUCACAGUCAAUAAGGUGUUACAUUCAGAAUGACUUUUUUUGUAUCAAGUGAAGUUCACUUUGCAUGCCAACACGAUCUUUUCCAUCAAACCGCGAACUCAUCUCGGAUGAACCGUACGAUCAUCUCAGUGGCGUUAAUAGAGACCUUGAGGAAGAUCAACUUUCAGGUAAAACUAUCUCGAUGACAAAAUAAAUUAAUCCUGGUAUUAUUGGCUGCUAUCCAAUUAAUUAGAUCUAAAUGCAAUAAUCAGUGGUAUCGUUCAUACGGGGCAUUGGCAAUUGCGAGUAGCUACAAAAAAGCAUUGCUUAUCUACUGUCAUAUUUUUUAAAUUCUGUUUAUUCCUCAAACUUGAGGUAACAGUAUCUUAUAUUAUCGUGCUAUCUCAACAUUUACCUGCAAUGAAAUUACAAUUGUAUAACGAUUCUGCAUCUACACGUACUGGAUGUCUUGAACUUAAGAAGUUGUAUAUUUUCGUACUCUACCAAAAAACUAGAGCGACGAUGAACACGUACGCAUUAAUUUGAAAGAAAUUAAUUGUAAUUAUAAAAUUUAUCUAUUUCUGUUAUUUUUGUCCCGAUAUAGUACGCGACUUGAUGGCCCAUGCUCCACGUGAACAGCCAGUUUGAAUUUGAAGAGCUUCUUUUCAUUGGAGUGCAGCCUAAAUACAUUCUGUACAAUAAGCAUAAGCUAAGGAAUAUAUUGGUGGGGUGCAUGCAGAGAAGGUAAAAGAAAAUUAAAAAUAUACUUAGCAUAAUGAAUAUCGCAUAAUCGUUUCGUUAGGAUAGAAAAGUUGUAAAAUUGAAAUUUCAGGUAUUAUCUACUUCUUGAAAAUUGAGAAAACUAUGGGGCAUGUUUGUCGCUUAAACAGGAUAAACUUUCGACGUUAUCAGAACGAUUUUUAAAUUAGAUCGUUUCGAUAUUGAAAUAGCGUGGUUUGUUUAUAACGUAGUCAUCCACUCUGACUGUGGAAACCAUAAAAGUAUUAAUCGCAUGCACCUGCAUCAAUUCAACACUUGGUCAUAGUGGAUGACGUGACGCGUUUGAAAUUGAAAAUGUCAAAAGCACAGGAAUCAGCUAUAUGUAAAGUAUAUGGAAAACAAAUUUUCAUCAGCUAUGAAAAUUGUUGUGAUUGACAGCUGAAUUAUUUAAUUAUUAUACUUGCAACUAUCAUAUUAGUGAGCUAAUAUUUAGUGUGGCGUUGCGAAAGAAAACUCAAGGAAGCCAACCUGAAAAGAUUGCAUUAAAUGCUACUUAUAAUUUCUA